AUGCGUGAGAAAGAAAAAGGCCAAAACGCGAAAGCGUUUAUAUUCUCGUCGUCGAAAAAAGCGCAGAAAGGCAGGCGCGUGGCGGCGGAGAAGCUGGAGAAGAAGCUGCACGUUCCCGUGCACGAUCGGACGACGUCCGAGGAGCCGCCGCCGUUCGUGGUUGUGGUGCAAGGACCGCCGUCGGUAGGGAAGACGACGUUGGUGAGGAGUUUGAUUCGGCACUAUACGAAGCAAACGGUGAACGAGAUUAAAGGACCGAUUACAUUGACGGUUGGGAAGAAGAGGAGGGUGCAGAUUAUCGAGGUUGGGCAGAGUUUGUGCGAUUUAAUCGACGCGGCGAAGUUGGCGGAUUUGGUUUUAUUAUGCGUCGACGGGUCGUACGGGUUCGAGAUGGAAACGUUUGAGUUUUUGAACGUGUUGCAAGUGCACGGGUUUCCGAAAGUUAUGGGGGUGUUGACGCAUUUGGAUCACUUCAAGGAACCGAAGAAGUUGAAGAAGACGAAGAAAGUGUUGAAGCAAAGGUUUUGGACGGAGAUUUACGACGGGGCGAAGUUGUUUUACAUCAGCGGGAUGACGCACGGGAGGUAUAAUCAAAGGGACGUCGUGAAUUUAGCGAGGUUUAUUUCGGUGGCAAAACCGAGACCGUUGAUGUUUAGGUCGCAACAUCCAUACGUGAUUGGAGACAGGUUCGAAGAUUUGACCAGGCCGGAGAUGGUGCACGAGAAUGAACACAUCGACAGAGAGGUGGCGGUGUUUGGGUGGUUGCACGGGUGUAACAUGAAGGCGGAUCAGUUAGUACACGUCGCCGGGGUAGGGGACAUGAAGGUGAAAGAAAUCACGCAGUUGCCUGAUCCGUGUCCGUUGCCGAGCCAAGAUAAACGAGCGAGACGUUUAGACGAUCGGUCGAAGUUGAUUUACGCGCCAAUGAGCGACGUCGGCGGACUCCUUUACGAUAAAGACGCCGUGUACGUUUCCUUGGACGACAGGAAAGUGAAUUAUACGAACAAAAGCGAGCACUUUGGUGACGCGAAAGGGAACACGAUUGGCUAUUUAGGCGACGACAGGUCGGACGAUGAAGACAACAACGACAUCGGUAAAGGAAAAAUGAGCGGCGUAAAGAUGGUGAAAGGAUUACAAUCAACGCAAAGCGGCUUUGACGAAAAAUUGAAAAACUCGGAAAUUUCCUUGUUCGGAGGUGGAGCGAAAACCACCGGCGAGGAGGACAUUUUCGAUAGAAAAAUAGACGACGACGACGACGACGACGACGACGAUAACGAUAACGAUAACGAUGAAGAUGAUGCAGAAGAAAACGAACAAAAAGGUGGUCGCGUUCGAAGAAGAGCAGUGUUUAACGACGGGUUAACAGAAAAUGAGGAGGACGAUGAAGACGACGACGACGAGAACGAGAAAGAGUUCUCGGAUGCGGACUCCGACGACGAUUUGGGCAUGGGAGACGACCAAGACGACGACGAGAACGAAGGUCUCGGCGCGGGCGCGAACAAAUGGAAGGCGAUGCUCGCCAAAGCGGGGAAACGUUCGAAAUCUCUCAUGGAACUUGUCUACGACGACGUCGAGAAUGAAAAUCCAAACAAUUCGAAGAAGAAUAAAAACAAGAAAAACCGAGACGACGACAACGAGGAUUCCGAUAGCGACGAUCUGUUCAAAAAGACGGACGAUAACCAGGCGUCGAGAAUAAUCGACGCUUUCGAUCAGACAAAAUUUAUUCACCAAAUGAGAGGCAAAUUAGAUGUUUCGGAUCCUGCACUUCGCAAUCGAUUCGUCACUGGUGACUGGGACGCUGCCGGAGCUCGCGCCGAGGCGCAACCGUUGGAUGAAUCGGCCAUGGACGAUGACGAAGUGUACGGUGAUUUCGAAGAUUUAGAAACUGGGGAGAAAUUCGCCGGUAAAGAUAGUAAAAAGGCGGGUUACGACGACGAAGGCAGCGAUGGUUCAUCGGAUGAAGACGGGAGUGACAGCGAUAGCGAAGGAGACGACAGCGACGACGAUAGUAGCGGUUCCUCCGACUCCGAUGAAGAUGAAGAAGCGAAAGAAAAACGUCGAUUAGCAAAGAUUGAAAAGCACGAAGAGUUUCAGCACCCGUCCGCGCAAGGUCGCGGCGCACGUCGUAAACAGAAAGGUCUCAAGGGGCCCAAUCACGACACAUACGCAGAGGACGAACCGACGACGUAUUUUGAUCUCGUGAAGGAUCAGUUUGCGGAGCAAACGGCUCGGACGCGUGCGGCGCUCGACGCGCUUCCCGCUUCCACGCGAGAAGCGAUGGAAGGUUUCCGACCGGGAGCCUACCUUCGCGUCGUUCUCGAAAGUGCACCAUGCGAAUGGGUGAAAAACUUCGAUCCGAAGCGACCAAUUCUCGUUGGUGGUUUGCUCGCCGGUGAAAAUGUCGUCGGGAUGCAACAAUUACGAUUGAAGCGACACCGAUGGCACCGGAAGACUUUGAAGAACAAAGAUCCACUCAUUUUUUCGAUUGGAUGGAGACGCUUUCAAACGAUUCCGGUGUAUUCGGUCGUCGACGCGAACUCUCGGCAUCGAAUGAUUAAGUACACGCCAGAGCAUAUGCAUUGCAAUGCGACCAUUCACGGGCCAAUCGUACCUCCCAAUACAGCGGCAAUCUGUUUUCAGAAAAUCAAUUCGAAUCAAUCGAGUUUCCGCGUCGCGGCAACAGCGGUCGUCAUAGAGGUCGAUCACUCGAUGAAGAUUAUGAAAAAGCUCAAACUCGUGGGCACGCCACACAAGAUAUACAAGAAUACCGCCUUCAUUACUGGAAUGUUCAACUCGUCCUUAGAGGUUGCUAAGUUUGAAGGUGCCAUGUUGCGAACUGUAUCCGGCAUUCGAGGUACGGUGAAAAAGGCAGUGAAACCCGGGCAAGGCGAGCACGGUUCCAAAGACGGUGGCCUAGGCGACGGGGCGUGUCGUUGUACGUUUGAAGAUAAGCUGUUGAUGUCCGAUAUCGUCUUUUUGCGUUCCUGGGUCCGCGUAGAGGUGCCAAGAUUUUACAACCCAGUCAUGAACGCGCUCGUGAAAUCGGACGACGACUGGAUCGGUAUGCGAACGGUUGGACAAAUCCGGUACGAUAAUCAAAUGACCAUACCAGUCAAUCCGGAUUCGAUAUAUAAACCAAUCGAGAGAAAGAAACGCGUAUUCAACAAGUUGCAAAUUCCCAAAGCAUUGCAACAAGCGUUACCGUUUAAAUCGAAACCAAAACUCGAACCUUCGAGAAAGAGAAAGACGCUCGAGCAAAAGCGCGCCGUCGUUCAAGACAAGGAGGAGAAGAAGAUGACGACGAUGGUGCAGCAGCUCAACACGAUACGCAACGAAAAGAUGGCGAAGAGAAAGGCGCAACAAGACGUUCGCCGCGCGGUCAAAGCGAAGAAAGACGCGAAAGAUAACGAGUGGAGGUCGGUUUUGGAGAAGGAAAGGAAGAAAUCAAAGUAUCGAGAGGAAGGGAAAGCGGAGAAACUGAGAGCUUUGAGAGCGCAAACGUCGUAG